GCUGCCAAAUAAUUGAUAUAUACAUAAACGUCAAUUAUGUAUUUUUUCCGUGAGUUCACAAGUUGAUCGAUACCUUAUUUACCUCACAUUUUUGUCAAGUUGAAAUAUUAUUAAAUAGCAGAAAGAUAACACGAUGAAUAAAAAUACUCGUGAAACAACGCCAGGUGAUGGCUUACGAUCAUUGCGGAGUACUACAUUAUUCCGUGCCGUAAAUUUUGAGUUAUAUGUUAAGCCGAACAAAACCAUCAUGAUUCUCGGUAUCAUAGCAAUGUUAAGUUGUUCUGGAUAUAUAUUUUAUAUGAAUACUAAUCAAAAGAGGAAUGAUUACAAUAUUAUGGUUAAACCAGACGAAACAAUGGAAUUAGUAAAAAAAGUGUCCAAGUGGACUGAUUAAGUAAGAAAUCCUUACGAAUAGUAUGAAAUAUUAUAUUAUUUUGUAUAAUCGAAUAAUCUAUUCCAUUACAUUAAUAUAUUUGUUAUAAGGUAUUAGUUUAACAUUUAGUAUUAGAUAAAUAAAGCAUUAAAUAUUCUCCAA